UUCGUCCUUUCUGUCGUCGACGUCGUGGCGCACAUGUUGAGCCAAUGCGGUGUGGGCAAAGCAAGCAGCCAUGGAUCAAUCAGAAUCGCAGUGUGUCAUGAAACGGGGCAGUAUCCUUGGUGGCGAGGACGAAUUUUCACUUGGAUUUUCACCACCGACCAGAGCGGAAGUGUUUUUUUUUUUUUCGGAGCAGCAGCUGUCGGACCUCGGGAAAAAGUUAUAGGAAGAACGGAAAUUUUUCAAGAUGCGUGAAAUUUUGCACAUUCAAGCGGGCCAGUGCGGCAACCAGAUCGGGGCGAAAUUUUGGGAGGUAAUUUCCGACGAGCACGGAAUCGACGCGACCGGAGCGUACUGCGGCGACAGCGAUCUGCAGCUGGAGCGGAUCAACGUGUACUACAACGAGGCCACCGGCGGAAAGUACGUUCCGCGGGCGAUCCUGGUGGAUCUGGAGCCGGGCACGAUGGACUCGGUGCGAGCUGGCCCGUUUGGGCAGCUGUUCCGGCCGGAUAAUUUUAUCUUUGGCCAGUCGGGCGCCGGCAACAACUGGGCCAAGGGACACUACACGGAGGGGGCCGAGCUGGUCGAUUCCGUGCUGGACGUGGUCCGCAAAGAGGCCGAAGGCUGUGACUGCAUGCAGGGCUUCCAGCUGACGCACUCGCUCGGGGGAGGAACCGGUUCCGGCAUGGGAACGCUGCUGAUCUCGAAGAUUCGCGAAGAGUACCCCGAUCGCAUCAUGAACACGUUUUCGGUUGUUCCAUCGCCAAAGGUGUCCGACACGGUGGUUGAGCCGUACAACGCCACGUUGAGCGUCCACCAGCUGGUUGAGAACACGGACGAAUCGUACUGCAUCGACAACGAGGCCCUGUACGACAUCUGCUUCCGGACGCUAAAGUUGACCACGCCGACGUACGGCGAUCUGAACCACCUGGUGUCGGCGACCAUGUCCGGCGUAACGACCUGUCUGCGCUUCCCCGGUCAGCUGAAUGCGGAUCUCCGCAAAUUGGCCGUCAACAUGGUUCCCUUUCCGCGGCUGCACUUUUUCAUGACCGGCUUUGCACCGCUAACUUCGCGAGGAUCUCAGCAGUACCGUGCCCUGUCCGUCCCCGAGCUCACCCAGCAAAUGUUUGACGCGAAGAACAUGAUGGCCGCGUGCGAUCCUCGACACGGACGCUACCUCACGGUGGCCGCCAUCUUCCGAGGCCGGAUGUCUAUGAAGGAGGUGGACGAGCAGAUGUUGAACGUGCAGAGCAAAAACUCCAGCUACUUUGUUGAGUGGAUUCCGAACAACGUGAAGACGGCCGUUUGCGACAUUCCACCUCGGGGUCUCAAGAUGUCCUCCACCUUUAUCGGCAACUCGACUGCUAUCCAGGAGAUAUUCAAGCGCAUCAACGAGCAGUUUACGGCCAUGUUCCGGCGAAAGGCUUUCCUGCACUGGUACACGGGCGAGGGCAUGGACGAGAUGGAGUUUACCGAGGCCGAGAGCAACAUGAACGAUCUGGUGUCCGAGUAUCAACAGUACCAGGAGGCUUCCGCGGACGAGGAGGGAGAGUUCGACGAGGAGGAGGAGGGCGGUGAAGAGUAGGAGUGGUGAUUAAAUUACCCGUACUUAACGUUGCAUCUUACCGUUGAAUAAUGAAAUAAAAAUAUCAUUUUUGUUUUUCCCAA